AUGUACGGUACGCCGCGUACGUCUUGGGUCAUGCGAGAGACACAUAUAAGUAGGUCCUCUGAGCAUCUGACCUCACUAGGACUUUCCAUCCCACAAUUCACCCGUCUGCCUCACCCUGCUAUCCAUCGUUCUGUCGAGUUGCUGUCUUUUGUCGCUUUACCUCGCAAAAAGCCUAACCAACACUUUGAUCACCAACCCUUCACAACCGUCAACAUGCGUUUCGCUCCUAUCCUCGCCGGCUUUGCUGCCCUUGUUGUUGCCCAAGACACCACCACCGUUGUCGACACCACCAGCAUCGACCCCACAGACACCGCCGCUAUCUCGUCCAUUGCUUCCAGCGCGGCCUCUGUCUCCUCCGUCGUCAGCUCUGCCCUUGAGUCGGUGAGCACCUCUGCCGAGUCAGAGCUCAACUCCAUCAGCACCAGCGCCGACUCUGUGCUCUCCAGCUUCAGCUCUGCCAUCGCCACUGCCACCGGCGCCGACAGAGAUUCCCUCACCUCGGAGCUGGCCGGCUACACCUCCACCGUCGCUUCCCGUGUCAGCUCCGCCACCGAGGCUGCCGGGUCUGCCUCCAGCUCUGCCACCAACGCCGGCCCUCAACAGACGGCCGCCGUCGCCAUGGGUGCCCUCUUUGGUGGUGCCGCCCUCUUGGCCAACUUUUAAAUCAGUCAAAGCGAUUUACGGUGUACAUGGAUGGAGCCUUCUGUAACAACAUUAAUGCUUUUGGGGUUUGGGCGGUGGGGAGGGGAGGGGGGUUCAAUGCUGGCAGGUUUUCAAUAAUGGACAGGUGCUGGACAGAACACAGCAACAAGAUCGCUUUGGAAAUUUGGAGGGAUCUGGGAAUGAGGGGUUUGCUAGCAUGAGCAAUUAAUCGACGGGUAUUUUUUUUUGUGUUCAGUGAUAUCUGGUUUACUUGGUUUAAGGUUCUUUGUAUGAAUCUGGAUCCUGUAUCAGGGUUACUUUUUUUGUUGUUUUUUUGUUACAACUGUGCCAUGAUUCUUAGUCUUUUAUACCAAAUACAGAUUUCACUUGAAUCACA